UGCAGAGCGCAUGGGCAGAGCCACUGUACGUCCGUUUGUCCGGAUCGGAGGGGAGAGAGUGGGCGCCAUCUUCUUCUGGGUUCGCUGAGGGCUCUCCCGGCUCUGGGGAGGCUGCUGCGGACGAGGAGAGCUCCCCGCCCCCAGCCUUGGGGUUCCGACUCGGCGGCAGCGGUGUGUGUUUGAUCGCCCUAGUGCGAAGCAGUUACCGCAGGGGCGUCGGGCGUGGGGAGGGCCUGGCGGCCGGGACCGAAGCACAGGGAAAGGCGGGGCCGCGCCAGCAGCGAGCGUAGCUUCUGCCGUCAGGGCACCCUCUUUUCCCCUGCUAAACGCACCCGACUUCCCUGGCAGCCUUCAUGUGGUGUUGUGCGUGCCCUUUUCAGUCGGCUUGAGAGAGUGGAGAUCUGGAAGGAUUCCAUAGGUACUUGUUUUUCUUUGCUAUGUCAUCGUAGUCAGUGGUGGCAGGAAAAGCGCUUGGAGGCCUGGCUAGUUUUAGGCUUGAGGGGAGCCCAAGUGUUCAGGUGUAGGGACAGCUCACCCUUGGGCGAGUCGGGGCGGAAUGUUUGCCCUUGAGCCGGUGUAACGGAAAGGCACGGAGGUUGGGUGGUCCAGGUUGAUUUGAAGGCUGAUUUGGCUGAAGGUCUGGCAAGAGCAUCGGAUCCCACGUAGGAACUUUGGCCUGGAGCACAAGAAGGAAGCGCUGACCCCUGGGAGUCUGGACAAAGGCUUUUUGAGCUAUAGAAGCAAUGCCUUCGGAUGAUCCCCAUUUGAGGAGGAUGGAUGUUAAUGGGAAUUCCGGUGCCGUGUGGAUUCGCCUUCAUUUCCAGUUUCUACUGGGGACCAGGCUCUGUCGUCAUGGCUUUGGCUUUUUAUUUUAAUCAUCUACGUUAUAAAAGGAUAAAAAGGCAAAUCGUCAUAAAGAACCCUUAUGGAGUGGAGUAGAUUAUUUUCUGCAGGGUUCACUCUUGUAUUUUAAAUGUACUUCAUUAUAACUUUAGGUUUUAAGAAAUAGCAGUUCUCUCUUUCUCACCAUGUCUGGAAAAUGACUUGCUAUUCUCUAGUUAUGAUAAAUGGAUCGGAGAUAAUACCAUUUUAAGUUAGCUUUCCUUCCAUUUCCCUCUAAGGCUUGAUUAGGAAAUAAGCAUUUCGUGGGGUUUUUGUGAUAAUGAUUAAGUGGGAUGAAUCGUUGGGUAAAAUCAGCUAAGUUAUUUAAAAUGAGCUUGUUAAUUUCAGCCACUUACACUUAAAUGAGCUUUUAAGGAUUCAGUUCCUUUUUUUUGGAAAAAAGUUAGAAGUUGUAAUAACUCACUCUUUUAAUCAACACAGCUAUAAACAUGGUUUUGUUGCAUUCGUAAGACGCAUUUUAAGUGUUGAGUAGGGUUUUUUGCUUUUUGUGUAGUUCUAAGAAUAGAAUUUCUGGGGUAUUUGCUUAGGAAAAUCACGUGGAAACCACAGGAAAGUUGCUCAUUUUGAUAUCUGGUUUCUUACAGGUGAUCUCCUAAGUGUAUUUCUGUAGAGGGAUAAAUAGUACAUUACCCUUCUAUUUCAAGGGCAAAAAAGUUUAAGCAAUAGUUAUGUUUCGCUGUGGCAAAUUAGAAGAAAAAAUUUUUUUAUAUUUUUGAAUUGGAAUUCAUGAAUUUGUACUCAUGAAACUACUUAGUUAAAAUGUUUUCAAAUUAGGGUAAAUUAUAAGACUUUUAAAAACUUGACAGUAAUUAUUUUGUGAAAUGUUCUUGGCUAUGUUUUUAAAAGUUUAGCAGGGAUAAAAUGUUUUACACUACUUGACAAAAGUAACAGGAGCUAAGUCAUUUUGCAUAGGAAAGAGUCUUGGAAUAUUAAUGUGAACAACUAUUCCAGAAGCCAUUUGUAGUUUUUAUUAAAAUGUUGGUGUGGGUUUGUUGAAGAAAUUAAGCUUAUACUCAUUUUUGGGGUGUUUGGGGGGUACCAUUGCAGAUAUUGUCCAAUAGACUAAGUUUUAGAACUAUUUUUUUAUGUUCACAGUAAUAUUGAGUGGAAAGUACAAAGAUUUUUUAUGUGUCCUAUGUCUGCACCACCAUUUUCAUGCAUUAAUAUUUUAUAGUAAACCUCACUAAUUGGAGAAGGUGAUGGCACCCCACUCCAGUACUCUUUCCUGGAAAAUCCCAUGGUCAGAGGAGCCUGAUAGGCUGCAGUCCAUGGGGUCCUACUAGUCGGACACAACUGGGCGACUUCACUUUCACUUUUCACUGUCAUGCAUUGGAGAAGGAAAUGGCAACCCACUCCAGUGUUCUUGCCUGGAGAAUCCCAGGGAUGGGGGAGCCUGCUGGCCUGCCAUCUAUGGGGUCACAGAGAGUUGGACACGACUGAAGUGACUUAGCAGCAAACCUCACUAAUACGUUUAAUAUCAAUUUGGCAUUGAUAAUUCAAAUGUGUAAAAAAAUGCCAGUUAAUUUCUUGAUAUCCUCGUUAGUUGUAGUUUGAAAAGUAGUCUGUGGACCUUUUUCAAAGGAAAAUAGACCUUGCAGACCUCAAAGACCAUGUUUUCAGACAGCACUUUGUGGAUGAGUGGUAUUUAAGUGUAAGUACUGAAUUAAAACAUUUUUUCAUUAAAGACAAUAUAAUCAUUAACAGGUCUUAAAAAACAUAUUUGGUAAUACUUAGUUUGGAUAUCUCUCAAAGUAUUUGAUGUAAGGAAUCUUGAGAUUUUUCAAUAGUUAAUACUGAUAUCCCCAAAUAUUCCAAAUUAAUGUAUUCUUACUAUGUUUCUACCUUUUAGCAUAGUCAUUUGGGUUUCCCCAGAAGGCAGGACAGUUAUUCAAAAUGGGGUAAACUUAUUAGCAUAAUAAAAUUUGAGUUUAAGAUACAGAGUAGCAAUAGUUGAGUAUAAGUAAUUGAGAACUAUUUGUCUUAGUGGAGUCAGGAAAUUGGGUUCCAUGUUUGGAAGUGUGAGGUGUUAAUGUAGAACAUAAAAUUGUGUCCAGAUGGUAGCCAUUGGUUUGGAUUUAUUGCUUUUCUUCAUUUAUUGUAUCAUUUAUUAAUUUGAUUUGCUCUUAUGAUUUGAAAGAUUUACAGGAGAGUUAGAAACGAUGAAUUAGAUAUUGGUUUUUUCAAGUGGAAGAUAGGGUUUUGGGAAUUUUUGGUGUUAAAUUGUCAUUUUUACUUGUAGAAAAGAUUUUUAAAAAUAGGUUGUAAAAUUCACAUACAGUCAAAUGCACAGACCUUACUUAAGGAUAGAUUCAUUUAGCCUUGAUAAAUUUAUACUCCCAGGUAACCAAUAGUCCAAUCUGAAUAUGUAACAUUUCUUUCACCUUCUUCUGGGGCCACUUUCAAUUAAGGACCAAUUGUUAAGUUUUCGGGUUUUUUGUUUCUAAAUAAUUUGCAGAUGUCUCCUUGGAAUUUCUACCUUUUUGCUAAAAGAUGAUUAAUUUUCCCCUUGGAACAAAGACAACCAUUUUGUAAUACUCUUAGUUAUGCCUUCUUAUAUUGCUUCACUUUUAACAGUUAAUUGUGAAGUGAAUAUCCUAAUCUGGCGUUGUUUAAGGUCAAUUACAGGGUCCAAGGAUUAAUUAUAUUUCAUUUUCUUUCCACAGUUAAGUUGCUUUUACAGAAUUAACAGGUCUUCAAGAAAUAAAAAGGUCAUUAUUGCUGUGGUUUGCACUCAGCAUGGCUGUAGUCAUCCGUUUACUGGGGCUUCCUUUUAUUGCGGGGCCUGUGGAUAUCCGUCACUUCUUCACGGGAUUGACUAUUCCUGAUGGAGGAGUGCAUAUAAUUGGAGGGGAAAUUGGGGAGGCUUUUAUUAUUUUUGCAACAGAUGAAGAUGCAAGACGUGCUGUAAGUCGUUCAGGAGGGUUUAUCAAAGAUUCAUCUGUAGAGCUCUUUCUUAGUAGUAAAGCAGAAAUGCAGAAGACUAUAGAAAUGAAAAGAACUGACCGCAUGGGAAGAGAGAGACCAGGAUCUGGGGCAUCAGGGGUUGGCAGCUUAUCUAAUUUUGUUGAGGCUAUUAAAGAAGAAGGAAGUAAUUCUGGAUAUGGUUCUCCGAUUAAUCAAGAUGCUGGGUUUCAUACUAACGGUACAGGACAUGGUGAUUUAAGGCCAAGAAAGACACGGCCAUUGACAGCUGAGAAUCCUUACUUGUUUCUACGAGGCUUGCCUUACUUAGUAAAUGAAGAUGAUGUACGUGUCUUUUUCUCUGGUUUAUGUGUGGAUGGAGUAAUUUUUUUAAAGCAUCAUGAUGGCCGAAAUAACGGUGAUGCCAUAGUAAAAUUUGCCUCAUGUAUUGAUGCUUCAGGAGGUCUUAAAUGUCAUAGAAGUUUUAUGGGUUCAAGAUUUAUUGAAGUAAUGCAAGGCUCAGAAAAACAGUGGAUUGAUUUUGGAGGUACUUUAAUUAAGGAAGGUGACAUUUCUAUGAGGACAGAAGAACAUACAUCACCAAGAGGAAUUAAUGAUAGACAUUUUCGGAAACGAUCUCAUUCAAAAUCUCCCAGAAGAGCAUGUUCUCGUUCUCCUCUUGGAUUUUAUGUUCACUUAAAAAAUCUGUCUGUAAGUAUUAACAAAAGAGAUUUAAGAAAUUUUUUUAGAGAUACUGAUCUGACAAAUGAACAAAUUAGGUUUUUAUAUAAAGAUGAAAGAAGAACAAGAUAUGCCUUUGUGAUGUUCAAGACUCUGAAAGACUAUAACACUGCUCUGGGUUUACAUAAGACUGUUUUACAAUAUCGUCCAGUUUAUAUUGAUCCAGUUUCUAGGGAACAGAUGCUGAAGUUCAUUGAAUGUUAUGAAAAGAAAAGACCAGCAUCAACAGAGAAAGAGAGACUUGGACAGGUGUCACAAAAACACUCUCAAGAAGGCUACUCUGGCCAGAAAUUGUGCAUAUAUAUAAGAAAUUUUCCAUUUGAUGUUACAAAAGUUGAGGUGCAGAAGUUCUUUGCUGACUUUUCCCUUGCUGAGGAUGACAUUUGCUUGCUUUAUGAUGACAAAGGAGUUGGUCUAGGAGAAGCGUUGGUGAAAUUCAAAUCAGAAGAACAGGCCGUGAAAGCUGAACGUUUAAACCGACGGAGAUUCUUGGGGACAGAGGUGUUGUUAAGGCUCAUAUCUGAGGCACAAAUGCAGGAGUUUGGUGUAAAUUUUUCUUCAAUGCCUAGUGAAAGAAUGCAUGACCAUUCACAGUCUUGUGAUAGAGAUGAUCAUUCCCAUUCGUUUGACUCAAAUGAUCCACCAGUAUACUCAGGUGGCCCUUCGGAAAACUUUAGGCAUCAGCAAGAGGACUUGAGGCAACUGGACAAUUUCAAGCAUCCUCAGGGGGAUUUCCGACCACCUGAUAGACGCCCUCCAGAAGACUUUAGGCAUUCCCCAGAGGAUUUCAGGCGGUCCCCGGAAAACUUCAGGCGCCUUCGGGAGGAACACUUCAGGCGACCUCCUGAGGAUGACUUCAGGCACUCUCGGGAGGAGGAUUUCCGGUACCCAAGGGAGGAGGACUGGAGGCGGCCACCUGAGGAGGAUUUCAGGCGACCUCCCAAAGAAGACUUCAGGAGACCUCAGGAGGAGGACUGGAGGCGCCCCCCAGAGGGAGACUUAAGGAGGCCACCUGAGGAGGAUUGGAGGCGGCCUCCUGAGGAAGACUUCAGGCGGCUUCCCCCAGGGGAAUGGAGGCGACAACCUGAGGAAGACUUUAGGCGGCCCCCGGAGGAGGAUUUCAGGCGCCCUCCUGAGGAGGACUUCCGGCGACCCCACCAGGAGGACUUCAGGCGGUCUCCUGAGGAGGAUUUCCGAGGUUCUCCCGAGGACUUCAGGCGGCCACCCCCGGAACACUUCCGGCGGCCGCCCCCAGAGCACUUCCGACGGCCCCCCCCAGAUCACUUCCGUCGGCCGCCCCCGGAGCACUUCCGGCGACCACCUCAGGAGCAUUUCCGGCGGCCACCACAGGAGCAUUUCAGGCGGCCAUCCCAGGAGCAUUUUAGACGACCGCCUCAGGAGCUUUUCAGGCGGCCACCCCAGGAACAUUUCAGGCGCCCGCGAGAGGAAGAUUUUAGGCACCCACAGGAUGAAGAUUUCAGGGGCCCUCCGGAUGAAGACUUUAGGCACCCUUCUGAAGAGGACUUCAGGAGUUCUCAGGAGGAAGAUUUUAGAAGCCCUUCUGAUGAGGACUUCAGGCGGCUCCCGGAGGAAGACCUCAGGGAAGCUCCAGAGGAGGACUCCAGAGUUCCUGACAGUUUUAGACUUCCUGGUGAGGAGUUUAGGAGCCCCCCUGAUUUUAGAAGUCAUCGUCCUUUUGUGAAUUUUGGUCGCCCAGAAGGUGGCAAAUUUGAUUUUGGAAAGCGUAAUAUGGGAAGUUUUCCUGAGGGGAGAUUUAUGCCUGAUCCAAAAUUAAAUUGUAAUUCAGGUAGAGUAACGCCUAUUAAGAUAAUGAAUCUUCCAUUUAAAGCUAAUGUUAAUGAGAUUUUAGACUUUUUCCAUGGUUACAGAAUCAUACCUGAUUCAGUUUCAAUACAGUAUAAUGAGCAAGGAUUACCUACAGGGGAAGCCAUUGUUGCCAUGAUAAACUACAAUGAAGCUAUGGCUGCUAUUAAAGAUCUGAAUGAUAGACCAGUUGGCCCCCGCAAGGUUAAGUUAAUUUUGCUCUAGAGAGCAUUUCUAAAUUCAUAAUUAUCUCCCCACAGUAUUGAUGCAGUAAAAUGCAUUUUAAGUGUUUAUUUUUAAUUAUCUAAUGAAAAGAAACAUUUUAAUUUUGACCUGUGAACAGAAGAAAUGUAAAUAGUAGAAUGUGAAUCUGGUUUUCUUUUGCUUGCAAAUUGCCAUUCACUUUUUCUAACUUAAAAAUAUAUAUGCUUUUUUUUGAUGGGGGUGGGUUGGGGUGGGGGGAGAACUAAUUCCCUGAGUGCAGUAAUUUUUGUUGAUGUCAUGGGUAAAUGUCAAGACUUGUAUAAAGUAGAAAACUGUGUUUGGGGAAGACAAGUUUUAUGUUUACUUUUGUUUCCAUUCUGUAGUCUACAUCUCUACUCCAAUUGUAUAAGGAAAUGGUCAGUGACUGAUUGUUCAGGGUUAGCAUUUUUAUUGCUAACUGCCUGCAGAAUUAAUGCCCUCUUCCUUGUCUGAGAUAUUACUGUGUUAAGCCUCUCCUUAAUCAUAAAUAGUUCAAAAUUGACAGACUGUGAACUUGAAGUUUACUUAUGUAAAAGGCUUAGGAAAUUAAAAGUUUUUAUAAAAAUAAAAAAUUGCAACUGAAUAGAUGAACUAAUUAACUUGUAUUGUAUAUAUAUAUAUAAAAGAAUUACAGCUUUUUUUGUGAAGGUUUUCAACAGCUAUAUUAAAUAAUAUGACAGGAGGGACCAGACAUUCUAUAAUAGUAUAUGAGUUCUUUGUGUAGUUCUGUGGUUUAUUCCAACAUCUCAUCAACCAGACUGAUAAGAUUUACUCAAUACUUAAAAGACAAGUAAUUAUAGGUACAAGGGGACCUUCAGGUUCUUCUUGGGAAGAAUCUGAUAAAUGGACAGUUUGUUUAUAGGAAGAAUUUACUGAUGAUUUAUAUAACUUGUGGUUGUUUAUUCUUAAUUUCUAAACUUUUUUUAUCUGAAGACUCAAUGGCUAAAUAUAACAAGAAUUCUGUGAGACUGAA